AUGCCGAUAGCAAUGACAAAAGAGGAGUGGUCGCGCAUCAAGCGCUGGACGGACCUGGGCCGAGAAGACCCGGACACGGUGAGGAGGCGGGAGUAUCUGAAGUAUCAGAACGACACCAGCCGCGAGAUGACCAAACAAUGGCCGAAUUCAUUAGAGAAUGUAAACAAGAGGAACGAAGAGUUGCGUCGCGCUCGAGUGGAGGCCGCGGAGAAGACUAACACUCGUUUCUACCAGCGAUAUGUGAAACGGAAGAAAGAGGAGCAGCAGAGACUCAUGUACAGCGCCAGGGACACGGUGUUCAAGAACAAGGACGCUCCCAAACUACUGCUCAGCGCGGUGAUAGAGACGGCUAUUCAGAAGGAGCGCGAGGAGCAGCUCAAGUUCAAGCAGAAACUGAAAGAGGAGGCGGACGAACGGAAGAGACAAGACGACGACGAUAUCAUACGAAAAGCGAAGGAGUGGAACGAGCUCGUGGAGACCAAGAAGAAGAGGAGGUUCGACGCUAACAAGCGACACCAGAAGGAUAUAUUGGAACAAGCUCACGAGGUCGCGGAGCGCAAUCGCAGAGAAUACGAGACGGAGUUGAAUUUACAAAAGAUCGACAAUAUAAAAGCCAGGGAACAGAUGGAAGCUAUCAAGAAGUUUGAGGAAGAAUUUAGUGCUGCUGAAAAGUGUCGCAUCUUAAACGACCUGGAACAGGCGAGGUCAGAGGCAGCGACGAGGCGUGAGGAGGUGCGCGCCCGGGACCAGCUGGACGACCGGCUCAUACAGCUGCUACAGAAGACACAGGCCAGGGUAGAGCAGAGGAGGAGGAACACUGAGAAACAGAUCCAAGCAGAAAAGCUGCAGGUGCUGGAGAAAAUAAGUCAGAAGCUGGAAUCAGGAGACGCGGCGAGAGAAGAGAAAGAACAGAGGAUACUAGAUAAAGCGAUUAAGGAGAAGGAAGAAGUUGCGGAGGCCCGGCGUCAGGCAGACGCUCGUAAGAGAGAGCAGUUCAGGGCGCAGCGCAUGGCGGCCCGGGAACAGUUCCUGAAGCAACAACAACAGACGCUGCAUGAGUUUAACACUAUGAGACAGUGGGAGGUGAUGAACAGAUUCAAGAAUGCAGAAAUAUACGAAGACUUCCAAGCUCGCCUUCGCCAUGAAAAGGAAACCAAAAUAAAGCAAUAUCGUGAGGAUAUCAUAAAGCAAUGGCACGAGCGAGCGGAGCGUGAAGCGCGCGAGCUGGCGGAGACGCGCUACUUCUACGGCGAGCUGGCCGAGAGCAAGCUGCGGGACGCCGACAACAAGCUGCUCACACACGGACACGCGCUGCUGCAGGAGGCGCGCGACCACCAGCGGCCGACAUACGCGCUCACACAGGCCAUACGACGCUACUGCAAGCUGUACCGCUUGUACCCGAUGCCGGAGCUGCCGUCGUCCCAGCAGGAACACUUCCCUCGCUACGGACCCAAGGACAUGUCGCUCCCCGACCCUCACUACCGCUACCCCGAGCCUCCCGUGUUCGAUGAUGACAAGAGAGACGGAUUGAACGAUCCCCAGAAGGCCGGUCCGUCCGCGGCCAGUGAGCAGCCGGCGGAGGAACAAGACUACAAGAGAGCCGCGCCCGCCAACGGACUACAGAGGAAGCCCUCUAAGAGCGACUUGAAGCUGCCGUCCGUGGAGUAG